UCUUUUUUUGUAUACAGGUAAUCUUAACUUUGAAAGUAAAAAUUUUCGAGCCUUGUGUGACCCCGAUGGACCAACGCCAUGCUGCUUCGAGUACAAGUGUGUCAAUAAAACUGUAGGCCAAUGUAACUGCAGCACUUGUUUUGAUCUGAGGCGGGAAAUACACGCCGACUUCGGCUCUUAUGAGUUAAAGGAUCCGGCAUGCAAGAUGACCACCUUCGAGUCAAAGGCAGAUGUAUGCUCGUUGCUACAGAAUAUAUCGAUCGAUUUCGUUGGAGAUUCGCUUGUUCGACAGAUUUACAUCUCAUUCUUGUCGAAGUUGCAACAUCAAUCUCUAAACAAAGCGGAAACGUCAAACACAUCCAUUAGUGGUGAAUUUGAGAUUUCAUAACCAUCACAAAUUGACAAAACCAGGAGAAGAAGAAAUCAACAGAACUAUAACGGGGCUUGUUGGAAAACAGUACUCCAUUCUUUACAUUGGUCUGGGUUUGCACGAGGACCUGAAUUUCGAAUUUGUACAUGAAAGGGUCGUGAAGCCAAUGGUGAAGAUUGUUGGAAAGAACCAAUGGCCUAAGAUCAUAUGGGCCACCCCGCACUCCCCAGGCCCGCUCAAAACGCCGACGUUCACAAAGCAGCAGAAAGAUUCAGUCAUCGCUUUCAAUAAGAAAAUGCAUAAGGUUUUGAAAGGUUAUAACAUCCCUGUCUUGGAUACAUUUCCCUUGACCACGGAUAUAAUAAGUUAUGAUGGUGUACACUAUGGAAAGAGGAUCAAUGACAUCAAAGCGCAAGUUCUGCUGAAUCUUAUUCAAAGACUUAGAAACAGUGGUUGGUCGAGUGUGUGAUAGAUGCAAGCAUGCUCAUGUGUGUGUGUGUGUGUUUGUUCGUCUGUGCGUUUAUGGAUGUGUCAACUGGUGCGCAUUGAAGGUAAAAGCAUAUAAACAGCAGAAAAUCAUUCAAA